CCUGGACCCAAGGAAGAGAAGCAGAGAGGAAUAUUUUCUACCUGCCGCAGGUUUCACAGUUCUUCUCAUAGAGCAGAGCAGAGGUUUGUGAACCAGACAUUAAAUACUCAUCCACAAUGAAUCAUUGACUCAUCCAAAACCUUCUCGGUAAUGAGGAUAAAGAGGCAACCCAAUUUCAUCAAGGAUGGAAGGAGUCAUUCCAUCUCCUUCAGAUUGUAAUGUCGGAUUGUAAACGUGUCUAAGCGAUGAAAAACAUGAGAAGAAAAAAAGGAGCCUUUGCUGCCCGAGCACAUUCCUUCAAGGAAAAUUUCCUGGAUGCUCUGAAGAAUACUCAGAGCUCUACUCCAAACAGGAAAUCCAAAGAGAGAAGUUUUAUCCAACUGGCCAAGAAAACUGGCUCCACGGAUAAUCUAACCGGGCAUCUUGGUACUGCUCGGAGCACUGAUUGUCUGAUUAAGGAAGUACAGUUUGCUCUCAAAUAUUUCCAUGAUGUUGUUUCUAAACAUACGUUUGAAAUGUUGCCUGGGUGCGCAACUGUUGUUCUUGAAACUGUUCUUGCUAUCCAGGCGUUCGCUGGAAGUAUAGAAGAUCCAAUGGAUCCUGAAGUUAAAAAAUCUCUGGAUUCUGCGUUCCGUUCUGUCUCCGUCCUAACCAGCUGGGCAGAUACUGUUAUUGUAUCCGGAGAAGUUGAAGCAACGGAUACAGUCAUGGAAAAUAUCAUCGAGCCCGUCAGAAAAUCUGUGAUUGUUGUUGUGAACCUGCUCUCAGGUCGGAUAGGAAACAAGAAUCUGACCCGGGGGAGCUCGCUCCCGGAUAUUACAAGCGAGACCAUGGGACCCGAAUCCUCCCUUGGACUCUCACUCAGCUCUGAUUCAAUCCUAGAUAUAUCUCCCGUGAAACCUCCUCUUCUACCCAAGGUAUCCUCGAACUCCUAUGAUUCUGCUCCUCCUCUACCUCCUAAGCAUCUAAAACCUAGGCUUGAUAGACGCCUAGAAGAUCUCAUAUCUCGUUCCUAUAGUUUCCAUCAGGGAGAUAGUUUAAACCUGUAUUAUGGUUUCUCCGGUUUCCCCCCGGAACUCCGACACGGAGCCAGUCAAGGAAAUAACAAAAGUUUACCUGUUCCUGACGGCCCAGAAACCACAAUGUUGGACCAAAGCUUGGAUUUCAUGGAUUUUGAAGAUUCUCCAUAUAAUCUAUCCAAAGAGUCUGUAAACAAUAUUUCAUUUGAUGAGACCGAUACUUCCAAUCCCAAGGCAGGAAACAAUACUUCGUCGAGAUCCUGGUCAUCGAAAGAACGAUCGAAUGCAUCUUCUCCAUCCUUCGAAAGCUAUGGAUCUUUUUUAUCCGACCAACUAGAGAGGGAGCACCCUCCGGCAAUCCCGAGAAAGCAUAGAGAAACCCCGGGACGAAGAAUAAGAAAUGGUUCCGGAAAUUAUCCAAUCAGCUACGAAGCUCAGUCAAGAAAUUUACCGCCCAGAAGAAAACUAUCGGAGUACGACAAUGUGUUCUAUCCGGAGAAAACUCUGGAAACCUUAACCAGGUUGAGUUUAGACGAUAAUCUGUUACAAGAUCCUUGUCUGGUUCCUAGGCAUGAUUCAACCUCACAACACAACUCCUCUAAUCAGUUUGAACUCCGAGGACCUACCACUACCUGGUCAAAGAUUGCCGAAUCUCGUCAUAAUUAUAUUGACCGACCUCCUCCUCUCCCUCCGAAGAAGAGGAAUGUGAUGUCCUAUAUGGAGAUGUUUGGUAAGACUAUUUUACCCUCCGGAGAGGAUAUUCUUCAUGGAUUCUUCCAUACACAUGAUCUCCUUCACAAUGUAUGGCAGCAUAAUUUCCACGAGUACUCUGAGUAUGCUCCAGCUGGACUUCUUAACUUUCCUCUCAUGGAUAAUAAUCAACGGGAAACUAAGAAGCCUGGAGCUCUGGUGCACUCCAACUACGUGAACCAUACUAUUGAUAACUCAGAUCUACCUCCGGCUUUGCCUCCGAAACGGAGUCGAUCAAGGCCUGGUAGUUUUAAAUUCUCUAGUCUUGAUGAGAGACCAAUCCCAAUAUUACGCGAAGACCUGAGUAACCGAACCUCGGAGAUAUCAGAUAUAUCGAUGUCCAGUAAUUCUAGCUCAGAGGUGUCAAAGCUUGCCGAGAUAACUAAACUUCCCAGAUUAUCUGUUUCCAUUCCUAUUGAAAGAGUUAAAGAACCGGAUAAGAGUUUACUCAACCCUGGAGAUAAUACUGAUAUGUCCGUCCUAGAUUCUACUGACGUUUCCCAUUUAUUAGUUUACGGUUCCUCACUGGAUAAGACUGGUCAGGGAGGAACAAGCGAGCUUAGAGCAGGAACCUGUGAUGCUCUGAUAGUUCUUGCAACUCAAACAAUUAAAAAUGAUUUUCUCUAUCAAGAAGCUUUUCUUACAACCUACAGAACCUUUAUUAGCACUGAAUCUCUGGUUGAUAAACUUGUCUACAGAUACAGAUACUUCGGAGAUAAAUCUAAAACUGCGGAGAGAACGGAUUCAACCUUUAGACGUGCAUCUCGAGCUGCGUUUUCUCUUCUAGUCCGUGUUGUGGACGGGUUGGCUGACGUAGAUUUCCAGGAUAAAGUUCUACUGGAGAAACUAACCCAGUUUAUCACUAGUCUGAUUGAGAACGGAAACCUGGGACUAGCCCGGGCUCUUCGAUCCCAGUUUAUUCUCAAGUUCGAAGAGAGAAGAACUAGGCUUCUUCCUGAUUUCGAUCUAGCCUCAAUGAAUUCGAUCAAUCGAAGAUGUACUCUUCUAAACUUUAAAUCCUCAGAUUUGGCAGAACAGAUGACUUUACUAGACUCAAACCUAUUCCUGAGGAUAGAUUCUGCGGAGCUGCUGAACUGGGUUCAGGAGCAAGCUGAGGAAAAAUCUCCAAACCUAACAAAGUUCACUGAACACUUUAACAACAUGUCGUACUGGACCCGAACACUUAUCCUAAACCAACCAGAUGCCAGGGAGAGAGAGAGAUACGUGAUGAAGUUUAUCAAGAUGAUGAAAUGGUUAAGAAAGAUGAAUAAUUUCAACUCAUAUCUUGCUUUGCUCUCAGCGCUAGACUCUGCCCCUAUUCGGAGACUAGAAACCAAACUCGUAUCGGAAUAUUUUAUUAUUUUGUUUAGAUCUGCCCUAGCCGAGGCAGUUCCUCCUUGUAUACCGUACAUAGGCCUGGUACUCCAGGAUCUUACCUUUGUACAUAUUGGGAACCCGGAGAGUACAGAGAACAAGAUUAAUUUUGCUAAACGAUGGCAGCAGUUUAAUAUCUUGGAUAAUAUGCGACGGUUUAAGAAGGUCCAAUAUCACCUGACACGACACGAGGAGAUAAUUCAAUUCUUCGGAGAAUUUGAUGAUUUCCUGACAGAGGAUGAGAUGUGGAGUAUCAGUGAGAGUAUUAAACCUAGAGGUCAGGUUAACAAGGUUAGAUGACCCAGGAUCAGGAUUAGAAAGCACUAAUCAUAAUCAGAGAUAGGAAGGGGGGGUAAAGGGAAUACUCACCUAUUUGAAAAUACACAUAAUAUACAGUGAGAACCAGAAAACAAUGGAAUAGGAAGACGACAUUAUAGCAAUACUAGAUACUAGCAAAUAGUUUUAUUAGAUACUUAUCAAAUAAAUCAUUUAUUAAAUGAAAUAGUGUAGGUACGUUUAAACUGAUAAAUGUCUGUGUCUUAUGUUUAUUUGACUAUUUAAAGCCAUAACUUGAGUCUAGAAGUUGUCUUCCUAUUCCAGAGAUUAAGGUGGUUAUCACUGACCACAGUUCUUGGAGUUAUGAAUAUAAAUAUGCCCGGAGGCCUAAAAUCCUCUUAAAGUUAUAAUUUUUAGGAAUAUUUUAUGUACAAUAGAUUUUCUAAUAUUUCAACAAAAGUUUUAAAAAUUGGAACCAUUUUAAAACGAAUACCUGUUUUUUAUUUUACAAGAUAAAUGACGAACAUUUAAAGUUUAUAGAAUUUAAAAAAACUGGUUUUAGGUUCCAAGCAAAAUACUAUCUUAGUUGUAUUGCUAUUUACAAAAACUGGAAUAUUAUGUGUAAAUAUGGGAACGAUCCCUUUAUUAAAGAAGUAUUGGGGUUGGAAGGAGAUAAAACAUGCACAAAGAAAUAAUCAAGAAUAAAUUAAAAUAACAAAAGAUAAAAAAGAUCUCUUAGAAAUGUUCAGAGGAUAGAUUUAUAGUAAUCUUUUAAAAGAGAAUUAUUCUAAACAUUGAAUUGUUUAAAGAGUAAAAAUUAGAAGAACUGAGAUCUCUGAAGUCAGAACUUAUGGAUGAUUAACCCUUUCCGAAAGCGUUAAUCCUAAUAUAUUGAAGUCCAAAGAUUCCUUAUAGUUUAUCUUUAAAGGUCUGACCAAUUAGAGGCCAAAAAUGCUCUCGGUUAAUUAGAGAGUUAUUUAACCUCUUCAAAUUAAAAGUUUCCGCUCUUGAUAUCCAGUUCAGGUCUGAAAGAUAAGCGCUAUUACAUUCAAAAGUUCCGAGUUCUGAAUUCUAUUUUGUUGGAUGUAUUGCAAAGCUCAAGAAGGAAAAGUUAGAUUAAUUAUGUGUGAUAUUCAACUAGAAAUACCUUAGAGUGUUAAUAAUUGUUAAAUGUAUAAUGUCAAAAUUUAUUUACACAAUAUAUUAAACUUUUAUAAAUUUUGAACUAAAACGGCAAUAUUUCAACCCCUAUCCCAAAAAAAAUCAAUGCAGGGUUUAAAUGUUUUGAUCAUUACUAAAUUUAAUCCCCCCCCACCCCAUCUUUAUUAACUCCGUUAAAGUCUCUAAGAAAAUGUUAAACCUGUUUUAAACGCAUUAUCUAUAAUUUUUCACAUGAUGAUAUGAGUACUAAUUACUAAACUAGACAAUGUAUAAUAUAUAAAUAUUAAUAUAGAUCUAAGAUCAUACGUAAUUCUAAAACCUUUCUUGAUAUUUUUAACACUCAUUUGAUUUUGAUUGAGUAAAAAUAUUCAAUUUUCAUCUAUCAACGUCGCAUGAUGAAUCCA